GUCACCAAGUCAGUUGAAACAGAAGCGUUGGAUCGCUAGUACCACAGAUACGAAAUGGCAGGCCCAACAGAGUCAAUAGUUAAUCCGAACGAGCACUUGGAGAUUCCCAAGUGGAUAAAUGCCGAAUACUUCCAGCAAGUUCUGCAGAAAGAUGAGCCGGAAUAUAAGAAGAUUUUGAACUUUAGGCCGGUGGCUGCGAUUCCGCCUGGCGAGAAUUUCACAUCAAUUAUGCUGCGGAUUCACUUUGAUCUUGAGAUGAAGGAUGGCAGCACCAAGCACAAGACCUACAUUUUCAAGACUAUGCUGGCGGAGGAACGUGGUGGCAAGGAGAUUCGCGAAGGAGGCAUUUUCGACAAGGAACUUAUGAUGUACCAAAAGUAUCUGCCCGCCUUCGAGGAGCUCUACAGUUCCGCCGGAGAAAAGAUUCAGCUUUCUCCGAAAUGCCUGCACACCGAUCAACGUGAGAAUGGGAUCCAUUUUGUGUUCGAGGAUCUGGGCGUGAAGAAGUUCCAGAAUGUGGAUCGCAUCCAGGGACUGGAUCUUGAGCACAUGAAGAGAUCCCUCCACAAACUGGCCGAAUUCCAUGCGGCUGCAGCGGUUUAUGCAGAGAAGAAUGGUCCGUAUCCCUCGCAAUUCGAGGAGGGAUUCAUUGGCAGGGACAAGGUGAAGAUCCAUGAAGAGGGUUUCUUGGUAAAGGCGAGAACCUAUCCCAAAGCUAUGGCUUCUUGGGGCUUGGAGGAACCAGAAAAAUAUAUCAAGAGCUUUCCUACAGUGAAGCAGUACUCUAAAAUGUGCGAGAAGAAUCUUGAAACAGAUCCCACAACCUUCAAUACUCUUACGCAUGGUGACUUUUGGUCCAGUAAUCUCAUGUGCAACUAUCUGAGCAAUGGUCAAAUCGAUGAGGUCAUCAUGGUCGACUUUCAGCUGUGCAAAUGGGGCAGUCCUGCCCAGGAUCUGCUCUUCUUCAUCACCCUCUCGGCUGCCAGUGAUAUUAAGCUCAAAGAGUUCGACAACUUUGUCAGAAUCUAUUGGGAGCGGUUGGUGGAAUGCCUCAAGCUGCUGAAGUACCAGAAACCUCUUCCCAAACUGCGCGAUCUGCAGACGUCCUUGUACCAGGAUACCAAUACUAUCUAUGCUUUUAUUGCCGUUUCCAAUCACUUGCCUGUGAUUCAAUUCCCCUCCGACAAAGAAUCCAAUUUGCAUUCCCUUAUGCGAGACGACGAAGAAGGUGAUAAAUUCCGUAUGCGCCUCUUCACAAAUCCCAGUUUCUGCCGCCUCAUGAAGGAGAUCUAUCCAUUUUUCUACAAGCGAGGAAUCUUUAACUUUAUUGACUUUGAAUAGGAGAUAAAAUGUAUUAUUUAUUGAUUUUUUUAAGGGUCUCAAAUAAAGUAUAAAUUAUU